AUGUGGUUUGAGAUUCUUCCUGGCCUUGCCAUCAUGAGCGUGUGUUUGCUCAUUCCCGGCGUGUCCACUGCGUACAUCCACAAGCUCACCAACGGGAACAAGGAAAAAAGAGUUUGCCGACUUCGGUACCAUUGGUAUUUGAUGGAGCGAGAUAGACGCGUCUCUGGAGUUAAUCGCUACCAUGUGUCCAGGGGCCUGGAGAACAUUGACUAA